AUGGCAGACAUCGCGACUUCUGAGAUCCAGGUCUACAACCUCCCCACCAAGACCGUCAACUUGACGCCUACGGGAGCGACCGUGGUCCGGGAGAUCACCACCAAGAUCCAGCCCGGCCUGAAUGAGAUUACCAUUCUGGGACUCGACCCCAAGGUCGACGUCGACUCCAUCCGCAUCGAAGGCUCCGGUCCAGCAACCAUCACGGACAUCCAGACCGAAGUAGUCCCUCGACAGCUGCUUUUCGAGGAUGUCUAUGGAGAGGAGUCCGAUGAUGACGAUUCUAGCGACAGUGAAGACCCCAAGUUGAAGUCGCUUCGGGAUGAGCGGACAAGUGCUGAGGAGAGACUUGACAAAGCUCGCAACAAUGAAAACAUGGCAGUCCGGGUGCUGGGUCUCAUGGAUUCUUAUGGUAACAGAAUGCAGCCUCAGCACACGGAGAGCGACAAGUUGCAGAAUUUCCUCGAGUGCUACGUCGAACGAUAUGUGACAGAGAGUGAAAGGCACCGCAAGGCAAAGGCACAAGUGUCGAAGGAGGAGAAGGAGAUCGGCUCACUCUCGGACAAAAUACUGAAACUUGAACUACAACUUCAACGACGUCGUGACAAAACCCAGCGCGAGCGUGAGCAGGGGAAGUCGCAGGAGAUGCGCAAGAGACAGGAGCAACGUCGUUUUUGGACGUAUUCUGUGGGACAGGUCGUCGUGCACCUUGACAGCCAGUCGUCAUUUACGCCCGGAUCGAGCCGACGCAGUUCUUUCUCCGUUGUCGAGCAGGCGGCCGACAUCCCAGCCGAUUCUAGCGAGAGAGAGGUCACCCUGCGUCUGAGCUACGUCGUGCCUGGUGCGAAGUGGUUCUCUCGCUACGAGAUGAGCAUCAACACCCCUUCUUCAACCGCUCGAGUCACAUACGGCGCAGAGUUCCAGAACCAAAGCUCUGAAACCUGGAGUGAUACCAGAGUCACUCUGUCGACAUCGCAGACUGCGUUCUCUGGGCUUCACGAGACCAUUCCCUCUCUGCAGGUCUGGCAUGUGAAGCUGAUCAAUCAGGAUGACAGCAACGAACAGCCUUCAUGGGAGAAAAUCGUUCGCAGCGUGUCUGAGGGAGGACAGUCGACUGUCGACCGUCGUACUGCCAAAGAGGAUUAUCAGACGCAACUAAUUUUAUUGGAACAACAGAACAAACGCAGACUUCUAAUGGCACGCCAGGAGCAAGAUGCGCUGGCGCGAGAGGCACCGCAAGCACCGCAAGCACCGCAAGCACCUCCACCGCCGCCGCAGACCGGAGGCCUCUUUGGAGCACGACGGGAACCGGGAACGAGUCUUUUUGGAACGGCAGCACCGCGAUCCUUUGGGGAAAAUGUGCCGAACCCUUUUGCCUCAGGUGGCACGGGAUCUCUCUUUGGAGGAACAGCAUCGCAGGUGGCACCGGAGAGACAAGCCAACCAGUUCGUCAGCCAGAUGCAGCAACAGUCCGCACCUAUGGCAAUGAUGCAGCAGGCCGCACCCGUGGCAGCAUCUGCACCUCCGCCCCCCCAACGACUAGCGGCAAAUUCCUACGAGAAUAACGAUGACAAUGACACCAACGAAAACAACGAAGAAAACUACGACGACGGAAUCCCCGAGCCCCCCAACCUUGAAUACCAAGACUCAACCCGCCAAGAGUACGGCCUGACAACAACCUACGACCUCCCCGGCCGCCGCACCCUAAUCCCCUCAAGCGUCAACCGGCGCCACGCCCUCGCCAAACUUGACCUCAAAUCCAUAACGCUCCAGCACGUCAUCGUCCCGAAGCAUCGCUCCGCAGCCUUUUUCCGCGCUCGCAUCCGCAACACAUCAUCUAUACAGAUCCUCCGCGGCAAAGUCGGUAUGACCGUCGACAACGCCUUUCUCGGAACAACGACCAUGCCCAACUGUGCACCUAACGAUUUCUUCGACAUUUCCCUCGGCGUGGACCCAUCGAUCCUGGUCACCUAUGCGAAACCCACGGUGCGCCGCGAGACUAGCGGUUCUUUCUUCGGCAAGGAGGACACAGCGAUUUUUAGACGCAGCUGCUGGGUGAAGAAUACCAAGACCACCCCUGCGAAUAUCAUCGUGCUGGACCAGGUCCCCAUGAGCAACGACGAGAAGCUACAAAUGGCGAUUUCAGAGCCGAAGGGACUGGCUAGGGAAGGUGAUAAGGUGGCCAUCGCGGUGGAGGAAAGCAAGGGUAAAGGAGACGUGUUUCUGGGCAAGGACGGAGAGGUCAAGUGGGUUAUGCAAUUGGAGCCCGGGAAGGAUGUGAGAUUGGUGCUGGAGUAUGAGAUGAAGGCGCCAAGGGGGAAUGAUGUUAGCGUGUCGUGA